AUGGCUUUCAAUUUAUUGCGACAAACUUCAGAAAUUGUAGAACUUGAAGUUAAGUUAUCUUCUCUUGUUGUCUAUGCAAGAAAAUUCAAUGUAUGCAGCCAACCGAAGAGUUCAAUACCACAAAUGGUUCUGUUUGCCAUUUCAUAUCUUGGCAUUCCACUUCAUUGCCCUAUGAACAAUAAUCCUAAUUUUUGCUAUCAAAAUGAAAACAUUUUAACAUUUUCAAGCAAUACAAGAAAAAUAAUCUCAUAUUUUUCUACCGACAACAGAGAUGUCAUCUUGAAAGUAAAUAUUAAUCAUGACACUGGAAAAUCUUGUUUAACAUUUAAUGCCAAAGAUGUGUAA